AGUUAUUUCGUCGAGGUCGGUGUUAAUACGAGUCAAGCAAACGAUGCGUGACGAAAUUAGUAUAUCGAUGACAAUGACCUUAGUUAAUAAGAAUUGAAUCUGAUGCGGUAGCUUUGUUGAAGAUCAGCGUUAGCCUGGCUGACUGAUGUAAAUAUCUUCAUGUCUCGCGGAGACCAUCUUCGAUCAAAGUGCCUCAGAUUAAGGGCUUAAAUGAAUUGGGCGUCCCCGAUGUGAGCUUUGCUCACUUUCUGCUGAAACCAAUGUGCAAUCGGUGUACCCAAUUCGAUUGGGCUCAGACUUAUUAGAAAAUAUGUGUCAGACCGGUGUGAGACCAGUGUACCAGUUCGACUGGGUCACAUAUUUUCUUUAUUAUACUGAGCAAGACCGGUGUAGUAACCAGCGUGCCAGGCCAGGCCUGUGUCUCAGUCUUCCAAUAAGAUAAUGCUGCUGGCCGGGCCAGAUCAACAUUGGAGAAUUAACCAUGUCGGAUGGUUUCGAGCCCUCUCCAAGGCCCAAAAUGCACUCUUCUUCCAGGGCCCCCUCUUCCGGGUGAUUAAGUCUUUUAAUGGCCCUUUGAUAUUUACUAUCCCGGGAAGGCCUUAGCUCACCCCCCGUUCAAGUCUUCCCUGAGAAGGGGGAAAUAGGAUGCGCCACGGUGGACGAUCCCUUUCUAUUUCUUUUAAUGGGCAUCUUUUAGUCCCCAAUCAAUUUGACGGCACGGGCUGAUUCCCCGAUACCGGUCAAACCUCAUGGGCCCGUGUAAGUACGGUUCGAAACUUCUUCCAGGUCCAGCCCUCUUGCAGGCAUACCCUCUUCCGGGCCCCUCUUCCGGGUUUAUUAUUUUUUUAUUUUAUACUGAGCAAGACCGGUGUAGUAACCGGCGUGCCAGGUCCGGGCCUGUGUCUCAGUCUUCCUUUCCCAUUUUUGUAACCGUAUGGAACAAAAAAGGAUGCAAUUAUUUGAAGGUGAACUUCAUGCAAUGAUUUGUGGGACCAAAAUAAUGGCAUGUCUUGUACUUUUCCCAAUUGCCAUGUGAAUUCUUCGUCCACUCGAUUUGGAUGCUUUUAAAAUCAAGUGCCCCCUUCUUCUCAUUAAUUAAUGGUGGGCCCAUAUCUUUGUUAAGAAUAAGGCAUUCACGUGCUUGAAUUUGUCUAGCAUACUUUAACUCUUUGCUCUCACACUUUUCUUCUUUGGCAGUGAAAUCCAGCUGGUGCUUAUUGGCCAAGGGGAGAGGCACUAGGAAAAAGUUAAUAACCUUUCCGUACCCCAAUAAAGAGAACCCGGUGAGCUGAGUUUGCUCUCCUCUGCGCCGGUCCACUCCAUCACGGAACUACAGGACGCCGACGAAGAGACGCCAACAUCGACGAGCUCUUCACCGUCCCGAGCAGCACCUUCUUCAUCAUCUUCGUCUCAGGCCCAAACCCGCAACUGUUCCCCGCUCUCCCGGCGGCGCGUGAGCGGCACUCGCCCUAGCCGCGACCUUCUUCCUUGAAUCUGAACAACCAUUUAUGGCCGCCCCAGGAGACUAGAUAGUCUAGAUCGGGAACCCGUCCAUUCUGAUUCUCCUGGUGUCUCUGAAUUUCCACCUCAAAUGCUUGAUUUGGAGGACCCAUUUGCCGUCCACGUAGAAAUACGAUAUCGGGUCGUCGCCGGAGAUCCAGCUCUCUAUGCAUAUGUUUCAGUCCUUGCCGUGGUUAUAGGCCUUGGCCCCAGGAAUUUGUUCCCUAGUUUUGAAGUAGGCUUCUCUUUGGAGGUUUCCGGCGAGAAGGACGAUUUUGCCGUUGACGACGUCAGCAAUGUAGAAUCCGGAUCUGGGUUCCAUUCUCAACCUGGAUUUGGCUCUCUAAAGAUCCCGGAAGAUGUGGGCAUUCUUGAUUUUUCUGCCGCUGCGGAUUUGAAGCCUUUUGGACCCCUGCUUUUUCCAAAAGAUGAGGGGCGUGAUGAGCGGCAGUGGCGGGUCUGAGAAACGACGGCGAUGGAUCUGAGCAGCGGCAGCGACGACGGAUUUCAGCAGCGGUGACGGUAGGUUUGAGCAGCGGCGGCGGCGGCGAAUCUGAGCAGCGGCAGCGACGGCGGAUUAGAGCAUUGACGGCGAUGGCGGAUCUGAGCAGCGGCAGCGACGGCGGAUUUGAGCAUCGAUGGCAGCAAUCAACUUCCUCUAUUUGAUAAUGACUUUGGAUUUUUACCGCGGCUAUCCUCAUCGGAGGUUGCGAGGGUGGAUUGCAGCGGCGGUGGCUCUCGUCCCUGUGGCAAAAUGGUGGCUUUGAGAGAUCAAGGACAUCUAGCACCAUAGAACCGCGGUGGUGCUCCUCUGACCAUUCUUCCUAUUUUCUUCAAGAUCUCUCCCUCUUGUUUUUUUUGCAAAAUUCAAGAAAAGCUUCAUACUCUCCUCUUUUUUUUUGUUUCUCACACCUUUGGCUGUGCAAGAUGGCCGAACAAAGAUGAAGCUUUUUGAUCAGGUCCCACGGUCGGCGCCAAAAUGAUGGUGUAAAUUAUCGAUCAGUAUAUCGUUUUAGCCCGACAAAACGAUAAACUAGUCUAAAAAAUACACCAAACUAUAAACAGGAGGAUUUUGACGUGGAAACUCAAAUCGGGAGAAAACCACGGGCCUUUUUUGGCGGUACCUUGCCAAUGGGGGAUUUUUAUUAAUAUCGGGGGUGUGUACACGGUACAUAAUUUAGGCGUAGAAGCCAUUAAUGGAAUUGGCCUCCCCAACAAUUAGGGCAACCCUCCCUUUUAUAGGAGAGGGUGAGAGCAUCUACGGAGGAAUAUUCUCUCAUUCCUCUAUUUUAUUAAACAGGCCCGGUUUUACUGUUCUUUGUAAAUAAUUGGGAAAUAUGGGC